AUGGCCGGCGGCGAGAACGGCCGGUCUAACGACGCGGCAGCAGUUGCUGUCUGUCCGGUUGACCACAAGACGCGAGACCUCUGGCUAGCACAAGCCAGGGAACAGGCAGAAGCACAGGCACAGGCAUUGGCACAGGAUAGCCAAAAUGGACUACCGCAAACAUCACCACAAGCAACAGCAGCUGCAGCAGCACAUCUGCCCUCGCCAUCACAAGCCUCACAAACGCAACCGACAACAGCACCAGCCAGAAAAAACAGCAGCUGGUGGCCCUCGUCCUUCUUCUCCUCCUCUUUUGCGGCUCCUGCCAACGCCGGCUCAUCCAUACCUCAUGCGCCCCCGCAGCCCUCGUCCAAGCCCGAUGCCUCUCUCGACAACCACCGGGUCGUCUCGUCGAUUCCUCGAACGGCCGUGACCCAAGAGGGCGUCUGUCCGGUGCCAGCAGCCUCUGCGGUCCCGGCGGCCGACUGUCCCGUCAACCACGAAGUUGAGACCGGCGCCGAUCCCGUCUCCGGAAACUGGGUCUACCCCUCCGAGAAGAUGUUCUUUGAUGCGAUGCGCCGCAAGGGAAACGACAACGCCCGCGCGGCUGACAUGCGCGUCGUCGUGCCCAUCCACAACGCCGUCAACGAGCGCGCCUGGAAGGAGAUCCUUGAGUGGGAGGCGCCCUACGCUGGCACUGGUCGUGCCUGUGGCGGUCCCCGGCUGCACUCGUUCGCCGGGCUCAGCACCCACAUGACGCCGCGCGCCCGUCUCUACACGCUGCUGGGCUACAGCGCACCCUUUGACCGCCACGACUGGGUGGUCGAUCGCUGCGGCACUCGUGUCGAUUACGUCAUCGACUUCUACGCCGGCCGGCCGACCGCAGCUGGCACCAGCAGCAAACUUUCGCCUUCUGUGCCAGCCGGCAAGCCCCAGAUCAGUUUCUACCUCGAUGUACGGCCAAAACUGAACACAUGGGAGGGUGUGCGGAUGCGAGCUCUACGCGCCGUCGGCCUGGCAUAG